GGGACCGCCAUUUCUAUUUGAGCCAAGCUGCCCCGGCUCGCAGUCUCGCACGCGCGCGCCCUCCCGUUUCGUCAUCCCCGACCAAUGCAACGACCACGAUGAAGCCGCCCACGCCCACCUCCUACCUCCUCCUCGCCCCGCUCGCGAUCAUCCUCCUCGUCUUCGUGCUCCGCCCUCCGUCCCGCGCCAGCUCCGACGGCCUCGGCGCCCUCUGCGCCCGCCGCGCCGGCUUCGCCGACGUGGCCGUCGCGCCACCGGCCGAGGCGUCGCCGUCGCCGUCGGAGCCGACGCAGCCGGAGCCCGACUUCAGCCUGCUCGUGGGCGUGCUGACGAUGCCGAGCCGGCGGGAGCGGCGGGACAUCGUGCGGAUGGCCUACGCGCUGCAGCCGCCGGCGGCGCGCGCGCGCGUGGACGUCCGCUUCGUGUUCUGCAGCGUGACCGACCCCGUGGACGCGGCGCUGCUGGCGGUGGAGGCCCGGCGGCACGGCGACGUCGUGGUGCUGGACUGCGCCGAGAACAUGAACGACGGCAAGACGUACGCGUACCUCUCCUCGGUGCCGCGCCUCUUCGCGUCGCGCCCCUACGACUACGUGAUGAAGACCGACGACGACACGUACCUGCGGGUGGCGGCGCUCGCCGAGGAGCUCCGGGGCAGGCCCCGCGAGGACGUGUACCUGGGCUACGGCUACGCCAUGGGCGGGCAGCCCAUGCCGUUCAUGCACGGCAUGGGGUACGUCGUGUCGUGGGACGUCGCGAGCUGGGUGGCCGGCGCCGACGAGAUCCUGGCGCGCAACGACACCCUAGGCCCCGAGGACCUCAUGGUCGGCAAGUGGCUCAACCUCGCCGGCAGGGGCAGGAACCGGUACGACCUCAAGCCCCGGAUGUACGACCUCAGCUGGGACAUGGACAACUUCCGGCCGGACACCGUCGCCGUGCACAUGCUCAAGGACAACCGCCGCUGGGCAGCGGCGUUCAGGUACUUCAACGUCACCGCCGGGAUCGAGCCGUCCGACCUCUACCACCUCCCGUGAUCCGUCGAGCAGCAACACCCCGAUUUUUUUUUUGUGUUAAUACUUAAUAAUCCGUUCGCGAUCCGUGCCAAUUGUUAAUUGUUUGAUGAGUGUUCGUGCACAAGUUGUGCGGGACACGGAUGGACCAUGGGGGAGAGUAGUGGGGGAGCAUUUUGUAUCGAGUCGAUCGUGUCGUCUCGUGUCAUGUGGGCCGACGACGGCUAGUUCGUUGACGCGCUCGGGAGAACGCCGUGCAAGGCGGAACCGUCUCGUGGAUCGCUUUCGGAAGCUUCUUUCUGGGCGGCGACGGCCGGACGGUUGGCGCCGUGCUCGAUCGUUUGGCCUCGUGACAUGACGUCCUUCCCUUGCUGCUGAUUCCUCGAUACGCCAUGGAGUUUCGAAGAGAGCAUCGCUAGUUCUGUCUCUGUCGUCCUGAGAACGGCAAGUGGUGUUAGGUGUGCAUGCUCUGUGGAAUGUACGAUCCUGGUGUAUUCUACAAUAUAAUGCGUACUGCAUGAUGCAGGCCCUGUAACCCCUCUUA